AUGGGACAAAAAAUAAAUCCACUCGGUUUUAGACUUGGUACAACCCAAAAACACCAUUCCUUUUGCUUCGCACAACCAAAAAAUUAUUCUGUAGAAAUCCAAAAAGGAAACGAUACGAUCCAUGUCAUAAUCCAUAUUGGAUUACCAAAUUUAUUAAAGAAAAAAGGAGCAAUCGAAGAAUUAGAGAAAGAUCUACAAAAAGAAAUUAACUCUGUAAACCAGAGAUUUAAUAUUUCUAUCGAAAAAGUUAAAGAACCUUAUAGACAGCCUAACAUUCUUGUAGAAUAUAUAGCUUUCCAAUCAAAAAAUAGAGUUUCAUUCCAAAAGGCAACGAAAAAAUCCAUUGAAUUAACUAAAAAAGCAGAUAUAAGGGGAGGUAGACUUCCCCUCCAAACAAUUCGCACUAAAAUUGUUUAUUGCUGCUAUCCAAUUCGGACUAUCAUGGAGUAUUAG